AUAUAAAUUUGGUCGUAGUAAAAAAAAAAAAAAAGCAUAUAAAUUUCAGCUGGACUUCCGGUCGUAGAUCGUUGUCACUUUUCAUCAGCUGUGACGCAGAGGUUUGCUAACUGCUUAGAGAGACUCUGCAGUAAGCUAUCAUCAUGGCGGUGGAAAAGUCUGGAAUUGCCAAAGAUGUUGCAGAAUUGAUUGGCAACACCCCAUUAGUAUAUCUUAAUAAAGUUGUGGAUGGUUGUGUGGGCCGGAUAGCUGCCAAACUAGAAUCGAUGGAGCCAUGCUCUAGUGUUAAAGACAGGAUUGGUUAUAGCAUGAUAGCUGAUGCAGAGGAAAAGGGUCUUAUCACACCUGGAAAGAGUGUCCUCAUUGAAGUAACAAGUGGUAAUACUGGAAUUGGAUUAGCCUUCAUGGCAGCAGCAAAAGGUUACCAGCUUAUUAUUGUAAUGCCUGCUUCAAUGACUCUUGAAAGAAGAAUCGUUCUGAAGGCUUUAGGGGCUGAGUUGGUACUGACAGACCCUGAAAUUGGACUCAAAGGUGCAUUUCAGAAAGGUGAAGAUAUAUUGGCCAGCACACCUGAUGCCUAUAUGCUUAGACAGUUUGAAAACCCUGCCAAUCCCAAGAUACAUUAUGAAACCACUGGCCCAGAGAUUUGGAAAGGCACUGGAGGGAAAAUUGAUGCACUUGUAGCAGGGAUAGGUACUGGUGGUACAAUAACAGGUGCUGGGAAAUUUCUUAAAGAACAAAAUCCCAACAUUAAGUUGUAUGGCGUUGAACCUGCUGAAAGUCCCGUGCUCGCUGGAGGAAAGCCAGGUUCUCACAGGAUUCAAGGGAUUGGGGCUGGUUUUAUACCUGGGGUGCUUGAAGUCAGUCUUCUAGAUGACGUUGUUCAUGCAUCAACCAGUGAAGCUAUUGACACUGCAAAGCUUCUUGCACUUAAAGAAGGCCUAUUUGUGGGAUUAUCAUCUGGAGCUGCAGCAGCCGCUGCAAUUAAGGUAGCAAGAAGACCAGAAAAUUCUGGAAAGCUUAUUGUAGUGAUUUUUCCGAGUUGUGGUGAGAGAUACCUCUCAUCUGUGUUGUUCGAGUCAGUCAGACAGGAAGCUGAAAGCAUGACUUUUGAGUCAUAAAACUUUGUUGAAAUCAAGGCUUUGAAGCUACUCAAGUUUCUGAUCUUAGUGCAGAGCUAGUGACUCGCCUAGUAAGGUCGUGUUGUGAUUCUGAAAUAAUAGUUCGUAAAGAAAAUGUAGCCAAAGGCCCCAAAACUUUUGAAGAACCAUAUUUUGAUUGUCUUUGGCAGUUUGAGUCCGAAUAAUAUUAGUUGUAAUCUUGUUUUCUUCGAAAAGCAAGAAAAUAAACGUGCCCUCCUCCUCGCAAGAAAAAAGAGCAGCAAAAGAAAAUUGUGUAAUUCUUGAAUAUUAUUUAUGCAUCAUAAAGCCAAAAUGAAACUUA